GAAGGGAUCAAGGGAAGACUCAUGAGCCGCAGGAGAUAAUCCAGUUGCGUGCAGAUGACAUAAAGUCAAUCAUCGGGAAUACCUGGAACAGAUGGAGCAGCAGUCAGUUCAGUUCGCUUUCUUCUUCCUUACGUUGACAUUACUACACUUCCCACGGUUUGUGAUCUCUCUUGUGAUCCCAGCUUUAAGAAAGCUGCCUGACUUCCCAGCGUGGCUGUUUGGUUCAGUUUCUGCUCAUCAUCUGCUGUUGAUGUUCGUUCUUCAGUUCCCCAGAGCCUCCUGUCACAUACACCCUUGAGAGAGAUGGUUUGGGAAUAACGACGACGUGGAAAUGACAUGACUGUUAUGCGUUUCGUUGCUCUCCCCGCCAGAGAGUGAACCAUCUCCUUGGGUCUGUUGUUAGACCCCUGCAAGGAAUUUCCCUGCUGGAAUUUCGGCUCCAGUGGGAGCCAACAGGAAGGGCAAGCCACCCCCAUGGUCGUCCAAAGGGAGUUUGGAGGCUUGCGUGGGUCUGCACAAAUUUGUGAUCUCUGAGAGCAUCCGUGCACUGUGCGGACAUGGGCCCCGAAACCUAGCGUGGACCUAACCAAUUUUUGCACAGAGAAAGAUAGCACCAAACAGUUUGGAAACCUGUGCCCAUAAGUCAGACAGAAAGUUGGGUAAAAAGUGGCGUGCUGGCUAUAUAACAACUUUUCCCAGGUGAUGGAUGGCCCAUGCACAGACACAUUGCAAAUGUAUAAGCUUAUGACAGCAAUAACAAUCGUAAUAUGUGGCAUUUCCUGGGAAUUCAUUACCAGUCCAGGUCCCUACAGUAAGAUGCAAAGCAGCUUCAUUUUAUUGUGACCAUCAGACCUGAACAGCAGCUUGUUGACCUGAACAAUCAUGUUAUGCUGUUCAUUCUACAUGGUCGCAGCAGUAGCUGCUUUUCUCGGGUCUUGUCAUGCACAGGAUAAGUGCACAGGAAUACCUGGGCUACCUGGUACUCCCGGAGCUAAUGGGCUGCCCGGAAGGGACGGAAGGGACGGUCUGAGAGGAGAACCGGGUCCACCAGGUCCCAUAGGACCCUCUGGAGGUCCAGUGGGGCCUCCUGGAAGAGAUGGGCUUCCCGGACCUCAAGGACUCAAGGGAGAGCGAGGCGAGAAAGGAGAGAAAGGGGACAUUGGACCACCAGGUCUACCUGCUUCUCUUGACACCGAAUUACGAAACGUUUUAGUAAGUUUAAAACGUCGACUUGCCAGACUUGAAGGCGUGCUUGCUUUGAGCGCAAAAAUAACAGAAGUGGGAGAGAAAAUACUUGCCAGCAAUGGGAAGGAAGUCAAUUUUGCAUCUGCACUAAAGUCCUGUCAAGAGGCUGGAGGAACUCUUGCAACCCCCAUGAAUGAGGAGGAGAAUAAAGCUAUUUUGGGUAUUGUGAAGCAGUAUAACAAAUAUGCUUACUUAGGCAUUAAAGAGAGUGAGACUUCAGGUCAGUUCAGCUAUAUGAAUGGCACACCUCUGAAUUACACCAAGUGGCGCAAAUAUGAACCAAAUGGCAAAGGGACAGAAAAAUGUGUAGAAAUGUACACUGAUGGAAGCUGGAAUGACAAAAAAUGCAACCUGUAUCGCCUCACAAUCUGUGAAUUUUAA